AUGGCGAGCUUAAUAGAUAAGAUUGAACAACUUAUAAAAAGGGAAAAAACAACACCCGACCGCAAAAAAGAUGAUUCGAACAAAUCAUCAAGUGAAAUCCUGUCAGAACUUUUUAGUGCUUUUAACGCGGAUCCACCAAAGAUCGAUGACAUUCCAGUAAAAAAGUCAAAAAAGAGUAAGAAAAAACAUAAAAAAGAAAAGAAAAAGCGUAGUAAAAGUGUUAGCAGCAGUAGCGGGUCUGACGAGGAAGGUGAAUACUCACAUAAGCGUAAGAAACGAAAAAAAAGUAAAACUAAAAAGCGUGCUAGGGAGAGCCGGUCACCUUCGUAUCCCUAUCCCCUCACACCAGUUAGAGUCAAACUAGAUCCAGAGAACGUUAAAGUGAAACAGGAACCGAAAAUUAAGUCAGAAGAUGUUAAAGUUAUAGAAAUUAAAUUAGAAAAAGAGAGAGAUAUUAAAAGGCUAGUGUCUUUCAAAACAGAGGAUUCGCCAGUCACUGUAGAUUCAACGUCUCCGCCUAUACCACUGCCUCCGUCAGAUCUUUCACCUAAACCUUAUAAUGCGGAAUCACUAGAUUUAAGACAAAAGUUAGAUUUAAAAAAAGCCGACAUCACCAAUACGGACAGGGAUUCAUCUAAAGGUAAAAUUUUAAUUAAGAACUUGAAGUUCAGCACAGUGUUUGAAGAGACUGUUAAAAAGGCCGAAGAAGAAGCCAGAAAAAAGGCUGAAAAGUAUGAAGAAGGUGAAUAUACUGAUUCUUCUAGCAGUACUGACAAAGAUAUUGUAUAUAAUUCACAGUUUCCUAAAUCGUCAGAUCCUGGAGGUAUUUUAAGAAAACAGGCUGAGGUAGAAAGAAUUGAAUUAAUUAAGGAGGAUGAAAGACUUACCUCUAAAAAGAAUAAACAGACUGAAAAUACAACAAAAUCGUCACAUAAAGAUGAAAGCAGAUCACAGAAAAGACCUGGAAGUAAAUCCAGAAGAUCCAGAUCACCUUCACCAUCGAGAAAACGUCGACACCGCUCCACGUCAAAGUCAAGACGCACCAGUCGUCACCGAUCAACUUCAAGAUCGCGGAGGAGGUCGGCGUCAAGGUCAAGAAGGAGGACGAGCAGGUCGCGGUCACGGCAUAGGACAGGAAGACGCUCACCACUUCCAAGAUAUAGGCCCAGAAGAUCCAGAUCGCCAACUGGGGUAAAACUUGCGGAUAGUGAAAAGAAGCGGUUGUUAGAAGUGGCUCGACGGAACGCCAUCAAUAUGCUCAAAAACGGUGCGGUACCGGCUGGAGCCGCUGCCCUCCCACCUCACACUAGAAACCAAGUUAUGGCUGCCAUACAAUCUGGAGGUAAAUCAGUAGAUGAACUUACUGAUUUUUGCAAGCAUCUGUCGAAAAAAGAAGCACUCGGUGAACUGUCUUCUGUCUCAUCUAACGACGAAGAUAUGAGUGAAAAUGAAGAUACCCUGGCAUUCCAUCAUCCGUUUCUUGUUAAAGAAAAGGCUCCUAUCGUUAUGAACAUAAGGGGUGGAGCUCCACUGCCUGUAAAGUCAAAUCCAUUACCAAUAGCCAAUAAAGAAGAGCUACGACUUCAGUUUCCCGUUUCUUCUGGUUCACAACAUAGAGAAAAGGCUUCAGAAUGGGUACCGGUCUCGCCGCCCAAAAAAGAUAUGCAAGUCGCAAAACUGAACGCCACAAGUACCUGCACCAUUAAAACUAAACCGCCAGCUACAUCUACAGAAAUUGUUAAACUACCUGAGAAAGCUGCAAGCCCACCUCCAUACCUGAAAAGUUUUACUUCAGGAACUCAAUUAAAUUCCGUACCUGCAUUGCCUGCACCAGGUCCACAGGCUUACCCACCCGGUGUAGAUGCAAAAAAAAUGCAAGAUGUAGCGUCAAUUGUCUCACAGAAACUAUUAAUGAUUCGUAAAGAGCAGGAAGAGAGUGAAAUGUGUACUACACACGGGUUUGGUUGGACUGCAAAAGACACAAGUCUAGGACAAUUUACAGGCUCAACAGGAGCUCAAAUAUUAACACCACGGGAACUAGCUAGCGGUACACAAGCUUGGGCCAAAAAGGUACUCCUAUUCAUUGUCAUACACGCUCCUCCACCUAUCAGAUCCUGCUCAUAA